AUGAGCACGAGCACAGCUACAGCAUCGACUUCAGCAGCACCCCAGCCAGAUCCGACAAGCGCCGCUGCUCCUCCCACCGCCAACGACCCUCCCAAACAGCCGCACCCGCUGGAUGGCCUCUCACCGACGGAUCUGCGCAUAAAGCUCGAGCAGAGCAGGAAGGACUUGCGUGGGAUGCUCGAGAAGAAGCGCAAGAUCGACCGCGACUUGGCUACCCUCGAAGCGUCCAUCUACGCCUUCGAAGGCUCCUACCUCUCCGACUCGCUCUUUCCAUCCUCCUCCACCUCCCAGUCCUCGUCCGCCGCCGCCGCACAAUUCGGCAACAUCAUCCGCGGCUACGACUCGUACCUCAAGGCGCCGAGCAGCUCGUCUGGAGACCGCAAGAGGGGCGGGAGGCCUGGUGACAAUGCGGCAGAGAAAGAGAGGAUGUUUAGCGCGAGCAGCGCGACGUAUCAGCGGUCGAUCGAGCUCCGCUCGGCAGAACACACAGCCAGCGCAAGUGUCGAGCCAGAAAGCGACGAAGACGGGGCGAGCUUCCGGCGGAAACGCAGCCGGCAGCAUUGA